AUGUCCGUGUCCUUCCUCUCCAGAGACUUCCUUCAGGUGGGCGUCCAGGAGAUGUUGCGGAUUGAGGAGGUCCUCCAAGCGGUGCAGCUUCGGGUGUCGUUGGAGCGCAGCAGCAAGUCCGUGUCGGUGGGCCUGCUGGAGUACCACCACGCGGGGACCCUGGACUGUCCUAAGCCUCGGCCAGGAUGCCACCGCUGCGGGCAGUUUGCCGGCUGCCCCGCGGGCCAAACGCCGCGCUGCGCGGGGGGCGUGGACGCGCCGACGUGCUCCUCCGAGCCAGCCCUGCCCGAGAAGCAAGACUGGUUUGAACUCCGCCUGGGAGGUGCUGCGAAGGCCUCCUACGUCGGGAACACCACCGACGCCUGUGGCGACUGGCCGCUGGGUCCUCCCGUGAAGAUUGGGAUGGCUUUGUCCUUGACCUCCGGUGGUCCCGACGAUGCGAUGGCACAGGUCAUCGUCUCCACCUUGGAGCAACUGCUGAGGUGGGUGAACCGUGUUCGUGGUGGGCUGUGCAUGGGGGAGACACGCCGAGCAGUUGAGCUGCUGGUGCUGGACACUCAAGGGAAGGUGGAGCUGUUUCCGUCGGCGAUGCAGCGCUUGGCUUACGACCACAAUGUCAGCCUCUUCUUGGCGCCAGAUGGACUGGAGAACAUGGCAGAUGCUCAGCUGUGCAUUUUGAUGGCUGCCAGGUGA